GAAGCAUUCAGCAGCUCCCACAUUUCAAACAUCACUGUUAAUGCUUGUCUGUGCUUCAAUCUGCUAACAACCCGAAGAUGAACUGUUUAUUUUUUGGUUUAGUGUGCGUCGGCUUGGUGAUGCUCGUUUCAUCUGAGAGAAAUACGUACCGCUUUGUACACGUUCUCAAAGAAGGUGUUGAGAUUUCCCAGGAUAUAGUUCACGACAUGGAGGAGAACACAGUAACUGUCGUUGUUGGAGAUGUCUCGAUGUACAAAGGCCAUGUGGCAACUGUUAACUACCAUGACUUCAACACGGGGUAUGUCGUGUUCAAGGAUAUUCGUAGACAGCUGUGUCUGUUGUCAAAGGCUCCAAUUCCAUUUUCGACUCCGGAGAUAUAUGCUCAGGGAAGGACGGAUAUGACAUUGGCCUUACACUCAAAGAUCGACCCUACUCUGGUGUCACACGAGGAUGUCAUCACAAUUGCCGGUGAAAAAAUAGCCAACUUCUGUCAUGAUUACCGCACCUACUCAAGAACUCUCACACCAACUGGAAGAUACCGCAGAGAUCGAGAAGAGAUGAAAGAUUCCGACGGCUGUCAUCACAACUGCGGCUUUUGCUUUGUGAGUGGAAGAGCUUCGGAACUGCAAAGUCUCUAAGAGACAACUGGGGAUUAUUCACUUGGUUGGACCAGAUUUUUUUCGUUAAACACAUUUAAUUUUGUGUUACCUGCUUCAUCUUUUUAAUAAACCUUAAACAAACAUG